AUGACUUUGAUUGGUAACUUAUCACCUUGGCCAGGUUCCUCAGCCGAAUCAACUCCAUAUGCCUCACCCGUGCAAACUUUGGCUAUUGGUACUGGUGCAAUCCCAGGUCUUGCCCUAUCCAACAUUGGACAUGACUAUAGAUCAUGGUGGAAAGAUAGA